GCCGCUUCAACUUACAGAACUGGCUUCUUGGGCUUCGGGAGUGUUUCCCAUUUAAACAAACAGUGCCGAAGAUGGCGGAGAGUUAAUGGUGUAAAGAAGAAAUUAUCGAUCCUGGAGAGAGAUACGUUCCCAAGACUCCAUUGACCAGCUCACAUAGGACCACACCCCCAGGUCGAGGGGAGGGGGGCAUCUGAUCGUCCGUCAUCUUGGCGCCUUCGCAAGGUGCUGAUAUGUGCACACGAUGAGCGGACUGGGGGAGAACUCCAUGGAGCCUUUGAGCUCAGAAAACCGGAAACGCAAGCUCUCCACUUGCGACACGCCCGGUCUGGGGUGUGAGAGGAAGCGACGGGAGCAAGAGAGCAAGUACAUUGAGGAGCUGGCGGAGCUGAUUUCUGCCAACCUCAGCGACAUAGACAGCUUCAACGUCAAACCAGAUAAAUGCGCCAUCCUCAAAGAGACGGUGCGCCAGAUACGUCAGAUCAAGGAGCAGGGUAAAGCUUCCUCCAACGAUGAUGACGUUCAGAAGUCAGACGUGUCCUCAACUGGUCAGGGGGUUAUCGACAAGGACCACCUGGGGCCGCUUCUGCUGCAGGCGCUGGACGGCUUCCUGUUUGUGGUGAACCGGGAGGGCAGCAUCGUGUUUGUGUCGGACAAUGUGACGCAGUACCUGCAGUACAAACAGGAGGAACUCAUCAACACCAGCGUGUAUAACAUUCUUCAUGAGGACGACAGGGAGGAGUUUCACAAAAACUUGCCCAAGACCAACAUAAAUGGAGUGUCGUGGGGAAGCGAGGCAGGACGGCAAAAGAGUCACACCUUCACUUGCCGGAUGCUGGUCAAAUUUGGCCACACCCAUGGCCCAGUGGAGGAGGGUCCAGGAGGACCACGAUACGAGACCAUGCAAUGCUUUGCUCUCACUCAGCCCAAGGCCAUGAUUGAGGAGGGAGAAGACCUUCAGUCUUGUAUGAUCUGUGUGGCCCGUCGAGUCACAGCCAUGGAAAGGACAGAAAGUUUCAACACCAGACAUGAGCUUUCAGGUAAACUGAUUCAGAUCGACCCAAACUCUCUGCGAGCAUCCAUGCGUCCUGGCUGGGAGGAUUUGCUGAGGCGUUGCAUUCAGAUGUUCCUUCAGCACAGCGACGGACAGCCCUGGUCGCACAAACGCCACUACCAUGAGGCCUUUCUCCAGGGUCACGCCGAGACACCCCUGUACCGUUUCUCCCUCUCUGACGGCACUCCGGUCACAGCCCAGACUAAGAGCAAACUGUAUCGCCACCCCAUGAGCAACGAGCCGCAAGGCUUCAUCUCCACACACCUUCUACAGAGGGAACCGAAUGGUUUCCGCUCAGCGUCAGGUGGUGGUAUGAUGCCUAACAACAUGCGACAACAAGGCUUGGGUGGUGCCAACCCAAACAACCAAAUGAAUGUGAACACAAGUGGGGGAAUGGGCGUGGGAGGCAUGGGCAACAUGAACAGGGGCUUUGGCAUGAAUGAACAGGGCCACAUGGGUCAUAUGGGCCCAAUGGGAGGUGGCUCUAUGUACGGAGGGAGCGGUGGAGGAGGAGGUGGCGGUGGAGGCAUAGGCAACCGCAUCAUGCAGAUGAAUCAGAUGAGCCAGAUGAAUCAAGUGGGGCACAUGAACCAGAUGAAUCAGAUGGGUCCCAUGAAUCACCCAGGCCAAGGCAUGCAGCAGCACUCACAGCAGCCCCCGUUUCAAAGCAGCGGUGGGUUUGGGCUCAGUGGCAUGAACAGCCCAUCGGGGAGUCCCCGUAUGGGUGGACCCCAGCAGGGACUCCUGAUGUCACCCCGGACCCGGGGUAGCCCAAAGAUGGGCGCCAACCAAUUUUCCCCUGGAGGCAUACACUCACCUAUGAGUGGUAUUGGCAGUGGUGGAGGAGGGAGCACCUCUACUUUCUCAAGUAGCUCUCUGAACGCGCUACAAGCCAUCAGUGAAGGAGUCGGGAGCUCGCUUCCUUCAACUCUGACUUCCCCCUCAACAGCCCACAAACCCGACAGUUCUCCCAGCAUCCACUCCUCCUCCUCUUCUUCUCAACCCAGUCAGCAGACCAAACCAGGCCAAGAUGGCUCCAAAAGUCCAGCAGGAAGCUUAGGGCAUGGAUCUGGUGACCAUCACCACCCACUGCACCAUCACCACCAUCACCAUCAGCAUCCUCAGGCUGAGAGUUCAGGAGACCGGCCUGACAGUCAGGCAGCCACAGCAACUAAAGAGUCUGGCGAGGGAAGUAAUGAUGCUGGAGCGGUGAGCUCUGAACCCCCACGGAGGGUACCAGACAGUAAGGGGCAUAAGAAGUUGCUGCAAUUGUUGACCUCUCCAACGGAGGAGCUGGGAAUAGGUGGAAGUGGGGCAACAGGACCAUCUGUAGCACCCUCAGCAAACAGCAGCAGCAGCACUACUGUGGGAUCAGACAGUAAGGACACUAAUGGAGGAAUGACUAGCCCCUCAUCCACAGGGGUGUCCUCCUCUUCCUCAACCGGUGCCAAUUCAGGCCAAGCAACCGGACAAUGUGGCGCCUCAGCAUCGAUCUCAUCAGCCCACUAUACGGGCUCGCUGCAAGAGAAGCACAAGAUCCUCCACAAGCUUCUUCAAAAUGGCAAUACUCCAGAUGAAGUGGCUAAGAUCACGGCAGAGGCGACAGGAAAGGUGUCGCUUGGAGGCCAGGAGGGCGGGGAGGCUGCAACAGGAGGCUCAGGGACUGGGUCAGGCCCUGCGUUGGUUACAGACCCCAAACAGGAUCAGCAUAGCCCCAAAAAGGAGAAGACCCAUGCUCUCCUCCAUUACCUCCUCAACAAGGAUGAUUCCAAAGAGCCUGUGGAUGUGAAACCCAAACUCGAAGAAUUAGAGGGAAAGGGACCUCCAGGGGCCGCUGGCAGCCUUGCACCUGAACAUCCUGAGAGCAAGAUCAAGUCAGAACCGCCUGAUGAUUUACACAACCUGGAGUCUAUCCUGGGAGAUCUGAGGGGUUCAAGCUCUGACUUUUACCCUGAUCAGGCUGGAGUAGGAGGGACUAACGACACAGGAAACAAACCACAGGGUUGCCUUGACGACAGCCUGCAGGGGAGUCCAGUAAUGGGUUCAGGACCUCGAGGACCCUUCCAGAGGGCCAUGUCCUUGGAAGGGAAGCCACCUGGUGGGCCCGGAGGAGCAGGGAGACGCCCCAUGCUUAUCAAGCAGGAGAAUAUGAUGGGCAGCCCAGACGGUUACCCAGGAAACAUGGGACCAAUGAACAGAGGCAUGGUGUCCCAGAGGUCUCCAUUGGGGGGCUCAGGCGACUGGGGCAUGCACCGCUCUAGUGCCAGCCCCAUGGGUUCAGCAGGACACCCGUCCAUGUUGCGGCCAGGCAUGGAGUACAAUGGAAAGAGCAUGAUGUCAGGACCCAUGGUCAGCCGCUCCAACAGUGUACCAGGCACCAGAUCUAUGCUGCAGCAGCAGCUGAUGGAUAUGGGAGGUUCUGCUGACAUGGGCAUGGGUAUGAGCCCCUUUGGCCAGCAGGGCCAGCCCAACCAGUCCCCCUCAUGGCCAGACGCCAUGAUGAGCAUGGAGGGGAAUAGAAGGCAGUUUGGCAACACAUUGGAUGAUCUUCUGGUUCCUCCUACCACCAGCGAGGGUCAGAGCGAUGAGCGGGCGCUUCUAGACCAGCUGGAUUCACUACUGAAUAAUACAGAUGGGAUUGCUUUAGAGGAGAUAGACAGAGCUCUGGGCAUCCCAGACCUCGUCAGCCAGAACCAGGGAGCAGAGCAGCAGCUGGAGCCUUUUCCAGGGCAGGACCCGUCCAUGUUGCUCGACCAGAAGCCUCUCUAUGGACAGGGCUAUCCCGGACCCCCUGCCAUGCCUAUGCAAUCUGGCUAUGGAGGGAACCCCAUGCAGGGUCAGGCCCAACAGGGGGGAUUCGGGCCCAUGCUCUCACAGAUGGGUCAAGGCGGCAGCUUCCCUGGUAUGGCAGGAAUGGGGGGUAUGGGGCAUCCUCGUGCCAACAUGAUGAGACCCAGGAUGAUGAGCGCCAACAAGCCCAUGAGGCUCCAGCUGCAGCAGAGGCUGCAGGGACAACAGUUUAUGAAUCAGACACGGCAGAGCAUGGCCAUGAAGAUGGAGAACCCAGGAGGGAACCCUGGCAUGAGGCCCGGCAUGCAACCUGGCAUGGGAGGGCAGGUAGAUGAGCAAAACCAAAGACCAGGCUUCCUAAAUGCCCAGAUGAUUGCUCAGCGCAGCAGGGAGGUGGUCACCAUGCAGAUGAGGAGGCAGCGCAUGAUGAUGCUAAUGCAGCAGCAGCAGCAGGCGGCAGCAGCUGCUGCAGGAGGGUUCAGUCCUCCGCCGAAUGUCACAGCUCCUGGUGGCAUGGACAACCCUAUGGGAGGGCCAAACAUGGGUCAGCCAGGCCCCCAGCAGUUUGGCUACGGUGGCAGCUACGGGAUGAGCCAGCAGGGAGACCCCUCUUUUGGCCCAUCAGGCAGCAGUCCUCCUAACGCCAUGAUGCCUGGCCGCAUGGGGCCUCAGAACCCCAUGAUGCAACAGCAUCCACAGAGUGGUCCCAUGUACCAGGGUGCUGAUAUGAAAGGCUGGUCGCAGGGAGGCAUAGGACGAAACAGUUCAUACCCUCAGCAGCAGUUUGGGCAGCAGGGACCGCCGGGACAACAGCCGUUUGGGCAGCAGGGGAAUCCAGGGCAGUAUGGAGGCAUGAUGAUGAAUGGGGGCAUGCCCCCUGGUGGGGGAGGAGGUCACAUGGGCCAGAUGGGCGGGCAGUUGGGAAUGAACCCAAUGGUUAUGGGACGCAUGCCUAUGGGGCCUGAUCAGAAGUACUGCUGAGUGACGUGACAGAGGCCUCCGUCUCACUGUGAUCUCCACUCAGAAAUGGGAGACGGCUGCAACGCUGGAGUGUGUGGAGUAGACCGGGCAUAUUGUGUCUAUGUGUGUACUGCUACAUUCCCACCAGACGGGGGAGUGAACUCCUCUCUGGACUCAUGGCCAGACUGGCAACCUGAAGAAAAUCUGACUGUCACGUGAAAACAUUUGGCGUACAUGAAAUCAGACCCACUGUGAUGUUUUUACACACACAGAGACAUGAAUGAUUCCUCUAGUAGACUGUUGUUUAAUAUUAAUCUCUUCUUGCCAUGUGUGUGUGUGUGUGCGUGUGUGUGUGUACAAACACCCCUUGCUGGACCAAACCAUGAAGGUGCAUCACAUCGACAAGUGUGUUUCGACAUCCUCUUCUUUCUCGAAUGUACCAUGAAGCUGUAUCCAGAUUGAAAAUAGGGAUUUUUAACUUUGUGAGAUUUCUGUCCACCAUCUCUCCGCUGCUCCUGGAGGAUCUCUCUAAAACUCGGCUCCAGUUGACGAGCCAUCAGAUUGUGACACUCACAUGAAUGUCAUUAAGCAGUAGCACAUUGUUUCAUCCUCCAGGAUGCCGGUAAGUAAGACUGAUUUUACUUGUUGGCUGAUUGCACUUUAAGGAAAAGCCAACAUCAAAAGGAUUGUGGCAAUAUAGAGGCCUUUACCCAAGAAUUAAUGCAUAGCAGCAGAUAUUUCCUGUUUUAUUUUUGCGUGCAUAUUCUUCAAGUUUUGCUCUCUGAGAAAAGAGGGUCAGAAAUGGUUAACCUUGGCAGUCUUUGUUCUGAAGUGGGAACCAGCAGAAAGGCAGUAAGCACAGAUUUUAUCCAAUGAUCUAAUCGUAUUUAUUCAUAACGAGAGUAGUGGACCAUUUUUAAGUAAUUCUUUACUAAUGUUCAGUAUUUCUACAGAUUUGUCAGGGUGUUCAUUUUAUCAUUCAAGAGACAAUUUUUAGCUCAAAAUAUGGAUAUGUUGGUUGCCUCGCACAGGUUUACAAUGAUACAAGUGCAAAAAUAAAAUUAAUUACCCGUUUUGAAAUUCAAUUUGUUAUUAGUGGGAAAGAAAAGUUUAGAUUUCCAUGUAGGUUUGCAGGUCUCUAGCAAUAAUCCUUCACUCUGGUUUUCCUCUGAGGACAAAGCUGACACAUUGUGUACUCAAAGCGACGGUACUGCAGUAUUAGACAUGAUGUCUCGUUUGGAGCUUUUCUUUCUCUGUGAAUAUGAAUUGUAAAUAAGCUUCAAAUGUACUAUAUAUAAAUAUAUAUAUGCUUUUGUAGGUCACAUACUGUUUUUGCACAGAUUGUAAGGCUUGAUAUGUAAAAGUUUCUUAUUCUGUCAUAUGUCAACUUUGAUUUUCAAUACUUUAACCAUCGGUUGGAAAGGAAGGGCCUGUUUUUGUAAGCAGUACGUGUAGAUUUUCUUUCAUACUGCCACUUUCCCGCUAUCAAAAAGCACUUUUUUAUUUGUAUUUUUCUUAGGAUGUAGUCUUAGCUAAAGAGGUGCUAGUGGGUUAUUAUCCUUUUUUAUAAAUUAUUUUUCUUCAUACAAAAAAAAAAAAAAAGAACACAAAAUAUGCCUAUACAAAAAGAGCUGACACAUGAUUGUGUUGUUCAUCUAGGGCAGGGGUCUGCAACCUGCAGCGCCUGGGCUGCAAGUGGCUAUUUGGAUCUUCCUUUUUGGCUCUUAAUACAUGGCAAAAAAUACAAAGGAACUAACUCGUGUUUUUAAAUAUAGAGAUAAUAACAAAUACAUUUUUUUCUUUUUUUUCAUAGAAUAAUUGCACUGAAUUUCCACAACAUAAUGACACUAAAAGUAACAGUAAAUUUUUUUUUUAUCUAUUUCUCCUGUCAUUAGGUUGGAAACUUUGGGCUUUAUUUUUCUAAUAUCUAUAUCUCAUGAAAGAAACUCUGUCUAUCAUCUUUUUGCAAAAGUUUUGUUUUACUUUAUUUUAUAAAACUAAUUAAAUAGAAUUUAAAAUGUGGUUCUUCAUAAACAGCAAAUUUCCUAGAGUAGAUAUUUAUGAGAAAUAGAAGUUGUCUUUUUUCUAAAGGUCUCAUAACGUUUGAGGGGGAAAAUGGCUCUUUAGAUUGUAAAGGUUGCAGACCCCUGGUCUAGGGACCCAGAUGUCUUACCAGAAUAUUUUCUGAACUUGACCUCUUGCUUCCAUUUUGCUCCUGAGGUUUAAGUGCUUUGAAUAUUGCUCACGUACGGUCUUUCAGCCUCAGUUACGAGACUUUGGGAAAAAAUCAGUCCCGCUGUGAGGUUUGUUUGCAGAUGUUUAAUUCCAUGACAGACGAAUCCUCAUUUUUGUAUUUCAGUUUUCUUUCAUUUCUGUUGUUUUUCCUGUGACAUCUACCUUUGAGCACAUGCUCAAUCCAAAGAUUUUUGUUUGUCAUUCUGCAGUGGAUAAAACCUGAUGUAGAUCGUGCAAGUACUCGUGUGCUUUUACUGUUGCACAUAGAAUAUACAUGGAGCUAAAUUUAAUUACAUAUAACCUCAUCUGUAUUGAUUAGAGUAGGGAUCUGGUUCUGUUGAGGUGGUUCCAGUUUUUGUUAAUGAUUGUUGCUUCCUUUCUGUAGACCUGACAUCUGGUUGGAUUUGUGGUGCUGAAAAUGGUUAUUUCACAAGAGAAUGUUCUUUUUAAGCUUGAAAGGAGGCUUUUGUUCAUGGUUGAUGUCAUUUAUGUCUCAUAAGAAUAUCCUGGUGUUGUUUUUUGUAACCCACAGUCUCAAUGAAGUAAUAUGAAUCUACAAAUAUA